UAACAUGUACAGUGAGACCAGGAACCGGUUGGUGAUGACGUCAUCAAUACGCGACGUAGCGUGCGAGAUCCUGAAGGUUGUCAACGAGAAGCCUGUGAUGAAAUAAAUCAAAUCAAAAGCUCUGUCAGGAGGACGUUGCUAUGAUGGCGGUGUCGUGUCUAACCAGAGCCCUGCGCUCCAUGACUCUGUCCCAGCCUGCUCUGCUCUCCUCGCAGGCAAUUACACAGACCGGGCUGGCAACUCAGGGGCCCAAGAUGGUCGUUCAGUGCAGGGGCUUCCUCACCACAGCCUCUCUGGAGCAGAACAGGACAUUUUGGAAGCAGAGGGAGAAGUACACCAUCAAACCUAUGGGAAUGAAAAAGACGGGAGGAAGAGACCACACGGGAAGGAUACGGACACAUGGCAUCGGUGGAGGCCACAAACAAAAAUACAGGUGGAUUGACUUUCAGAGACUGCGCUAUGAACCAAACAAUGAGGCCAAACCCUUUGAAGAGAAGGUUGUGGAAGUGCGAUACGACCCGUGCAGGUCUGCUGACAUUGCCCUGUUAGCUGGAGGCAGCCGGAAAAGAUGGAUAAUUGCUACGGAGAACAUGCAGGCAGGAGACAUCAUUAAAACAUCUGGAGUAAUUGGACGCAUGGCAGUCUCGGCCAAUGAGGGUGAUGCGUAUCCACUGGGAGCGCUUCCUGUGGGGACUCUGGUGAACAACCUCGAGGUACAACCAGGGAAAGGAUCGGAGUACAUUCGUGCUGCAGGCACAAGUGGCAUUUUGCUCCGUAAGGUAAACGGAACAGCAAUCAUUCAGCUUCCUUCGAAGCAGCAGGUUCAGGUAUUGGAGACCUGCAUCGUAACGGUGGGACGCGUGUCCAACAUCGACCACAACAAACGCAUCAUCGGCAAAGCCGGGCGCAACCGCUGGCUCGGCAUUCGCCCCUCGAGCGGCCUGUGGCAGAGGAAGGGCGGCUGGGCUGGACGCAAGAUCAAACCGCUGCCUCCUAUGAAGGUUUACGUCAACCUGCCCUCGAUCUCAGCCAAGUGACACAGGAUCGAAGAGUGUCGACCCUCGUUUGUUAUCGCUUACAAUGUUAUGUUGGUCUAGAAAAUAUGAAUAAACAUGAGCUGUUUGUACAGAA